AUGUCUUUGGCGGGAUAUUUGGCUGAGAGGUAUGGGAAUCAGGUGAAAGAUAAAAAGAAGAAGGAGAAGAAAAAGGAGAAGAAGGCGAAGAGAGGUCGUGAUGGUGGUGGUGAUGAUGACAAUGGUGCGCAUGCUCUUGUUCCUGCUGGUUUCGAACUGGCCGAGGAAGACGACGAAGAAGCCAGCGUUUCAGUCUCAAAUAAAGUCCUAUCAGCUACAAAAGGCUGGAAGCGAGUUGGCGACGAUGCUAUUGUCGAAAGGGAAGUUGAGUCAGUUUCUGUGGAACCCAUAAACGAGCACCAGACGGUAUACCGUGAUUCUUCCGGAAAAAUCAUCCAAGACUACGCCCAGGAACUACAGCGACGGGCCAUUGAGCAGAAUGAACAAGAACUUGCGAAAAAAUCCGCUGUCAAACGCGAAAAUGCUGGUUUAGUUCAACAAAUCGAGGCCAGCCAGCAGCGUUCCAAGCUGGAGUCUUUGAAGGACCAGCCGUUGCACGUGACUGCUGAAGACUCGGGUCUCAAUGCGGAACAGCGACAAGAGAUUCACCGGGCUGAUCCAGCAUUGAUGUUUGAUAAGAGCACGAGUGAGCGUUUUGGUAGUGGUUCGAGGACUGUCUCGCGAACUGGAAGGAAGCUUUAUUCCGGGAGCUUUGCAGAAAAUCGGUUUGGAAUACGGCCCGGGUAUAGGUGGGACGGUGUUGAUCGGUCCACUGGGUUUGAAAAAUUAUGGUUUGAGGCACAGGCGGUAGAGAGAGAGAGGCGGGUACUAGAGUAUACCAUGCAGGAGGAAUAUUGA